AUGACUACUCAGAGUGCCAUCGUCGUCCAGGAACCAGGUCGCGCGAUCCUGAGUCAAGAUGUCCCGCUUCCAGAGCUGCCUGAUGACUACAUUUUAAUCAAAACAAAAGCUGUGGCUUUGAAUCCCACAGACUGGCGUCAUAUUGACUUUGUGUCGUGUAAUGGGGCCAUUGUGGGCUGCGACUAUGCUGGAAUAGUUGAAGCCGUUGGUCCUCAGGUCAAGAAAGCCUUCAAGAAAGGGGAUCGCGUGGCUGGAUUUGUUCAUGGCAGCAAUGCAGUGCGUACCAAUGGCGGAGCAUUUGCCGAAUAUGUGAUUGCCAAGGGUGACAUCCAAAUUCAUAUCCCAGACUCCAUGAGUUUCGAGGCUGCCGCCACCUUCGGUGUUGGUUUGACAACCGUUGGUCAGAAUCUUUAUCAGAGCAUGGAAUUGCCCUUCCCUGGAGCAAAUCCCGACGAAUUAGAAGGCGCCAAUAUCCUAAUCUACGGAGGAGCAACGGCUACUGGUACUCUUGCUAUUCAGUUAGCAAAACUCUCCGGGCUACGGGUGGUGACGACAUGCUCUGAAGCCAACCGCGGCUUGAUGUUUGAACUUGGGGCAGACGCUGUCUUCGAUUAUCAUGAUUCCCAGGUUGGUGACCAGAUCAGGGAGGAUACUGAUGAUGCCCUGGAGUUUGUUCUCGACACAAUUUCCACUCCCCAGUCAGCGGCUAUCUGCAGCGCUGCCAUCUCUUCCGCAGGAGGCUGUUAUAAUGCCUUGCUGGAUGUCCAAUCAGCACGAGAUGAUGUUGAUUCGCAUGUCUCAAUGGCUUACGACGUGUUGGGAGAGCCUUACCGCAUGGGGACUCAAGAAACCUCACCAGAUGCCAGUAAUUUUGAAUUUGGCGUUAAAUGGUGGGCUGCAGCGCAAAAGCUUCUUGAAGAGCGUCGCAUUCUGCCUCAUCCAUAUCAGGUGAAGUCAGGAGGCUUGGCGGGGGCUUUAAAUGGCCUCCAGAUGCUACGAGAAGGCAAAGUUCGAGCAUCUAAGCUGGUUUAUCUGCUUAAUUAG